CAUCGUCGGUCGCCGUCCUUCAGAUUUGGGCACAAGCUGCAUCUCGCCGGCGACGGCCGCCCGCGAGCAGGACGACGGUUCGCCUGCCAGAGCCCGGAGGCCGCGCCACCCCGAUCUCGACCCCGCGACUUUUACUCCGGGGCCAGGGCGACGUCGCCGAGCGGGGACGACCGCCUCCUCCUCCUCGCUUCUAGAAUAGGGGGAUGAUGCUUGAAUACCUGCUGAUAGUGACCUGAGCGACAUCACAAACAAAGACUGGCUCUACUGCAUUGAAGAAUUCAGUACUCUUUCAGCCUCUCUCUUUAUGUUCCUUGCCUCUUGACUCAUCUCCUGGGCCGCCCCUCCAAGAUGGGUCUCCUUAGCAUCAUCAGAAAGAUCAAACGCAAGGAAAAGGAGAUGCGGAUUCUCAUGGUGGGCCUGGACAAUUCAGGUAAGACAACGAUUGUGCUGAAGAUCAAUGGGGAGGACACCAGUGUAAUCAGCCCCACCCUUGGCUUCAACAUCAAGACCAUCAAGUAUCAAAAGUACUCCUUGAACAUUUGGGAUGUUGGGGGACAGAAGACGAUCCGCUCAUACUGGAGGAAUUACUUCGAGCAGACUGACGGCCUGGUUUGGGUGGUUGACAGCUCUGACAUCCGGAGGCUUGAUGACUGUCGAGCAGAGCUCCACAAUCUACUGAAAGAAGAGAGACUAGCCGGAGCUUCGUUGUUGGUGUUUGCAAACAAGCAGGACAUUCAGGGUGCCCUGAAACCAGCAGAAAUCGCCAAGGUCCUGGAUCUGGCGGCCAUGGAGAAGAGCCGUCACUGGCAGAUCGUCGGCUGCAGCGCCUUCACCGGCGACGGGCUGCUUCAGGGCUUCGACUGGCUCGUUCAAGACGUCGCCUCGCGCAUCUACGUCCUCGACUGAAGACACUGCAGCUAGAUCCAAUCUUCCUGGUGGAAUCUCGAUGGGAUGGGAGUUUCGAGUUGAGGAUUGUUGGGCUGAGACUCGAUGCAAACGUGACUGAAAAAUCCAAAUCUCUGCAACUUACUGUUACUUGUUUUCGUCAUGAAAAAAUAGUCCAAGUUGGAUUCUGUAUCUGUGAUGGCAUCUGGAGGCUAGUGGAAUUCAUGGAUUAGCACCAUACGUGAGGAUCUUUGUCAUGAUUAGCACAAAUCACUUUUCCCCCA